UGACAAAUUAAAAUUUACAAAGAGUCCAAACAAAAAAUAUUAAACUAUCAUUAAGUCAAGAAGUUAACCAAAUUUAUACACAGAAAUAGUCUAAAGAAUCAAAGCUUGAACUGAAUUGAGAUUAGCACUUUGGUACUUUACUAUCUUUGGCUCCAUUAACAGGAAUCCCUCAAUCUCUGACUUUGAAAACUUCAGCUCCAACUCUGAAACCACUGAUGAGUUCAGUUGUACUCUAGUACAGUUUUUCCUCAAAAUCUUGACCCUUCUGUUAUCAUUUGACCAUCCAAAUUCAAAGCUUAUUAUAUAGUAUUCAAUAAUAAAUCUGUUUCUACUAAUCAUAAUCAUAAUCAUAAUCAUAAUAUUAAAAGUGAGAAUAAUUUUUCCCCCUCAUAUCCAAACAUAGUAAUAAACAUUUGAUGGUACCCUAAUAAAUAUAGCACUCUAACCUACCUUCUAUAAUAAAUUAUAUUACAAUAACAAUAUAAUAGCUCUUUACAUUAUUAGUUACAUAUUAUAUAAGUUGAAUUUAUUGUAAAAAUAGUGUGGAGUAUAUAUGCUACUCUGCGACUAGCAAGCCCCACUGGUUGCUAAGUUAAUAAAGAGUAGCAUUUCUUCUCCACUCUCUUCACUUCAUUUUGGCCAUCUUUUAAAUAGUACCAUAUAUCUUUCACAACUUUGUCCCUAAAAGAAAAUAUAGCUAAGGAAAAAUGAACUACAAGAAAUUAGGAGGAUACAGAAAGAUGAGAGGAUUUAUUUGCCAGCCUCAAGUGUCAACUGCAGUGUGCUUGAGUUGUGAUUCAAGGUCAGUUGUUGUCCCUGCAGCGCGACGUAGAAUGUCGAUGGAAGAACAUACAAAAUUAAUUAACAAAUGUACUAGGUUAGGGGAUGUACCUCGUACACUUGAUUCUAUUCCUAUAAGUAAGACAUCAAGAAAUGUUGUUGCUGCUGCUAGUUCCUCUGUUUUGACAAUCUCUAAGAGAAGUCAAGAAAAUGGUUCCAAAAUUGUUCCUUCAGAUAACUCUUUCCAGGUUAUUGUGAUGAGAGUGUCACUUCAUUGUCAAGGCUGUGCUGGUAAAGUCAAGAAACAUCUCUCCAAGAUGGAAGGGGUGACAUCUUUCAGCAUAGACUUGGAUAGCCAAAGGGUAACAGUGAUGGGACACGUGUCACCAGUUGGUGUGUUGGAAAGCAUAUCAAAAGUGAAAAGAGCUGAAUUUUGGCCCCUAAAUAGUUGUUGAAGAAGAGAAAUGGCCAUUACCUAAAAGUGACCAAACAAUAUUGUUGUUGAUUUACAUGAACAAGAAAGAGAGAGACUUAUUAAAGAAAUAGCCAAAAAGAAACCUCAAAAAGACAAAAAGUGUUUUUGGCAUUUGGUUUCUAUUUAGGUAGAGUUCUGUUUUAAAUCCUAUGGUCCCUUCAUCCAUGAAAAAAGGCCUGGUGUGCAAAAAUUGUUAAAACUCUCAUCAUGUGAACAAUGCCAGUACUGAUGCUGAUUUCUUUGUCCCAUUUAUACCUUGAGCCUUUUUAUUGUUUCCUAUUAUUAGGAAGGGAGAAAAAAAAACAUCUUAAUUGAUUAAACCUGAUAAAUGUUUUCUAAUA